AUGGCUCGCCCAAUCGAAGAAGUGAAAGACAUCAAUGAGUCCAAAGAUUUGUGGAAGAUAGCAGUUAGAUGCAAGCAUCUAUGGUCUGUGACAAGUUCUUCAAACAAAGAACACAUAGAGAUGGUUUUGGUUGAUUCGAAGCGUGAUCUGAUUCAAGCCAUUGUCCCUACUUAUUUGGUUUCCAAAUUCAAAUCUGAACUUGAAUCAGGAACCUCUUAUAUCAUGCAAAAUUUCAAAGUUGGGAAGAAUGAUUUUGCUUUUAAAUCGACAAAUCAUUCAUACAAAUUGGUUUUCUGUGGAUCAACUUCUGUUAAGAAAGCAGACUUUCCGGACAUCCCUCUUUACUACCUUAACAUUAUUGGUUUGGAUUCCAUAGUUGAAGGAAAGUUUCAAUCAAAUGUUUUGGUUGAUAUUCUUGGAGGAGUCACUGAUAUCUCUCAAACCCAAGUAACCGGUGACAGCAGCAAGAACAGGAUUGUUUUUUCAAUUGUAGAUGCCAGCAAAACAGUUGUACAAUGUACUCUUUGGAGACAACUUGCAGUUCAGCUAUAUGAGUAUUAUAAGAAUAAUAAGGAAGACCCUAACAUUGUCAUUGUCCUAAUCAAUUCAAGGGUUAAAGAGGCUCAAGCACUUGUAACUUUUCCUUCAAUGUCUUGUGAUUCAGAAGGAUUCCCUGUUAGUGUUUCCAACACAUGGAAUGGAACGAAGUUAUUGAUUAAUGACAUUCGUAUUGAUGAAGUUAAGAAUCUAAAAGAAAGACUCGGUGUUGAUUUGUCUUUCUUAUCUUCUUCAAGUGUGCAAGUUGAAGCAACACAAAACUCAUUUUAUUCUGACUAUGACAAAUUUGAAACAACCUGUGUGACCGUUGCUACUCUGGAUAAAUUUGAAGCUGGGCAGAUGGGCUGGUUUUAUGAUGGCUGUGUGGAAUGCACAAGGAGUGUGACUGUGAAGGAUGGAAAGAUGAAGUGUUAUAAGGAACAUAUCAGCUCAGAACUUGUGCCACAGUAUAAGCUUGAUGUAACAGCUGUUGACGGUAAAUCCAAGACGAAGUUUGUCUUUUGGGACACCGACUGCGUUAAGUUAAUUGGAAAGUCUACUCUUCAAAUAAAAAUGGAUUUAAUACAGUCUGGUGAUUACGAUCCACUUGAAAUCCCUUACGAACUUGACUCAAUAUUGAAGAAGGAAUUGGCAAUUAGAGCUGUAUUUCAGCCCAAGAAUAGACGACUUCUGUCAUUGGCUUCAAAGAUGAUGAAGAUUCCCGAACCUAUAUCUGCAUCUGCAUAA